AGGGCCAGGAGGCGACACAACGCUGUCAGUAAAUAUUUUGCCUCAGCAACGAUAGCAGCACGUUGCAAGCUUAGCACAAAGACAAAUAGUAUAGGCGCUCUCCUUCUCUGUAGCCUGGAAGAGGGGAGGAGAGAAGGUGGAGUUUUCAAGGCUCGCUUUCCUUCUUGUUUUCCGCCCUGUCCUUUUCUCCCAGCCAGUAACGAGCGUCUGCACCUUUGAAGUCUAGCGCUGCAGAGCGCGGCUACCCGCGCGCUAUAAAUAAGUUAAGGGCCGAGCAGCGCCUUUGAUUGGGGCCGAAGGAGCGCCGCUCGUCCUCCCUGCGAGUCCGCAGCGGCCUCCCCUUGGAGACAUGGCGUGCAUGGACAAAUGUCGGUGCUGCACGGACUACCGGAGGCAGAGCAGCAUUCUCUACAACAUACUGAAGAGCGAGGAGCAGCAGCAGCAGCAGCAUCAGCAGCGGCAGGAGACCAGAAGCGGGCAGCAGCCGGCACCCCAGCCGGGGCAGGAGCCCUACGCGCCGGCGCUCGGGUGCUCGUGCGGCACGCAGAGGCGAGUGGCCCUCAAGAGCCCGCAGGUUGCGUGCAAGGCGGCUUCGGCUGUGUUGGUGAAGACGCUGCGCUUUGUCAAGAACGUGCCCUGCUUCCAGGAACUGCCUCUGGACGAGCAGCUGGUGCUAGUGCGCAGCUGCUGGGCUCCCCUGCUCGUGCUGGGGCUGGCCCAGGAUCGAGUGCACUUCGAGACAGUAGAGACCACGGAGCCCAGCAUGCUCCACAGGAUACUGACCAACAAGCGCUGCGAUGAAGAGCAGCGGCGGCGGAGGCAACUCCAGUUGCUCCGCGAGACCCAGGAGGAGUUGGAGCAGAGCUGUGGGAAUGGCAGCGGCGGCGGCGGCGACAGUGGCGGCAGCAGCAGCAGCAACGCCAAGCUACCGUCGGCGGCAGAGAUCCAGAGUAUCAAAGGUUUCCUGGCCAAAUGCUGGAGUUUGGACAUAGGCACCAAGGAGUACGCCUACCUCAAGGGGACGGUCCUCUUCAAUCCGGAGUUGCCAGGGCUGCACUGUGUGCAGUAUAUCCAAGGACUGCAACAAGAAGCACAACAAGCCCUAAAUGAACAUGUCAGACUGAUUCACAGAGAAGACCAGGACAGAUUUGCCAAACUGAAUGUGGCUCUUUCCAUGCUCAGAACAAUUAAUGCCAGUGUUAUUGCAGAACUUUUUUUCAGGCCCAUCAUUGGAACAGUAAAUAUGGAUGACAUGUUGUUGGAGAUGCUUUGUGCAAAAUUAUGAAAUCAUAUGUGAAUGAAGCAUGACAAUUCAACGUGAAAAGUCUGAUGACAAAACAGUGUAAAGUAUUGUAAAAUAAACUAACUUAUUGUUUUUAAAGUGGCAAUAUUUUUGUAUUCAGCAAUGGAAUGUUCUUUGAGUCCACUCCGUUUUAUUAAUUAGAAGUAUCUUAAAGCAUUUCAUCAGCACAUCUAAGUUCCCUUGAAAAAUAAACGAGUAAUUCUAUGCAUGUGUACCCUGAAAGGAGGUCUGUGGGGUUCAGUGAC